AUUUGCAUUAAUGUUGAAAGUAGAAAAUUUUUGGAAAAAAAAUUAAAUAAAUUGAGAAAGCAUCGUUCGCAAUAGCAUAUACGUAUAAAAACAGGAAAUAUGUAUAAAUAAAAUUUCUAGCUCAUAAAAUAAUAGGCUCAGGCAGAGCAAGUUCAAAAUUGCAGAGUGAAAAAAGUGAAAAUCAAUUAUUUAAUUAACCAGUUGGCAAUUUUUCUGUAUGGUAUUUGUGGCCAACGCAGACAUAUACAAGUGCAUAAAGCAAGUGCUGGCUUGUUUCGCUUUAACCAAUAACUUGCAUUAGAAAUCCAAGUGUUUGCAUUGAAUCUGCAUUUUUAUUGCCGGUAUUAUUGUUAAAUUUAAAUCAACUAAACAGCAACAAUGCUAACGCUUUGGCUUGCGCAAUCAACUGACUUCAGUGUACAGUAUCCGGAUUUGUUCUCAUUAAACUUCCCACUUCUAAAGCAAUAAUGACACAAAAUGCCGCCGAUAGUUUGAAUUUCUCCAGUUCUACUAUUUCCUGUUCAAAUAAAACGCAAACAGUUGCUGUUAAAGUUUUAAAGAAUUCGCAAACACCUGUUUAUUCCUCUAACUGCCAUCAAGAACAAUACCAGCAGAAAGCUUUAAUGCCUCCAUUGGAUCACGCCACUCAUAUUAUAAGUCAUCAACAUCAUUGUCGUCAUCACCAUAGGCAUCAUCAGCAUCAUAGUCUACAACAACAGCAGCAACAUCAACAACAACAGCAACCACCACAACAUCAUCAUCAUCAUCAUCAACAACCACAACAACAACAACAGCAGCAGCAGCAGCAGCAGCAGCAGCAGCACCAAGAGAACAAACAGUCUCGGUGGCAGCAAUCACAGCCACAAGCACACCAACAACUACGACCAACAGCGUAUUAUCAGCAAAAAAACGAUUCCCAAUACUAUAAUGAGAGAAAAUCAAUUCUGCCAACUGUUACUAUUACGUCCCCACAUUCGUUUUCCUCCCCGAAUACACCAAAGCAUUGCCGACAUAAAUCUUGUAACGCUACUCAACAUCAUUGUUCGGCCUCACCAACUGCUGAUGCCCGACAAAUGAUAACUUCGCCUAAUACCACACUAACAAAGGCUAAAAAAUGGCGUCGUCCCUUUAGCACAUAUUACUCUUGUGAUGAACUAGAUGGCAAUGAUCAUCAAAGUGCCAGACUAAAGCAUGACCAUCAAACAAGCGAGAAAAUGGUGGUGGCCAGUCUCAAGUAUUUGUGUGCCUGCACUGGAGCCACAUUACGUAAUUUGUCAAAGAAAACUAAAGACUUACAUAAAAGUAAUUGCUAUUCAUACGUGAAGCCUACGUGGCGUAUUUGGGGUGAAGAAAAGGAGAAGAAUGCCAUUUUUACUGUUUAUCUGAAAAAAGUUUGCUAUCACAGGCCAACACCUUCAGCGACAAAUGAUUCGGAGGACGAAAUUUCCUAUUUGGAGUGGGAAAUGGUGCGCGUGCGUUUCGUUAAAGCGGGUACAUUGGAACGUUUGGUUGAGGCUUUAGCCACCGAUGAUGGUGAAUUGGAGUCAACCUUUAUUAAUGUAUUUCUGAACACGUAUCGAACAUUUUCCACGCCGAAAGAAGUCCUUGGUUUAUUAAUUAAACGAUUUCAUACACUUAAUGAGAAACAGCGUCUCGAGGAUUUGAAAAAUAAAGAUAAUGUCGAUUAUGAUCGUAGUGCAUCUAUUCAUGAACAACAUAAAAAAACUCUAGUCUCUGUAUGGAAAAUGUGGCUAAAUGGUUUUCCAGAAGAUUGGAAUGAAGAAAAUUUACGGCAUUUGAUUGGAUUCACUUCCAAGUAUAUACCACAUUCGGAUUUGCAUGCGCGGGCUCUAAAUCAAUUGGAAAUGAUUUUGCGUCAGGAGUAUAGUAAAAGCACAUUAUCAUCUACCUGCCUAUCAGAACAGUUUGCCGGUUUAUAUUUGGCUCCAGAAUUUCAAAGGCGCACUUGCUUCUUGGAAACUUAUCGUUUUCCUCGCAUCGAUGUUAGACACUUUGCCGAACAGUUAACGCGUAUGGAUUGUGAAUUGUUUAAACGGGUGAUAUCACAUCAGUGUUUAGGUGCCUCUUGGGCACGCCGGAAUCAAGGAUGCUGUCAAACUGUCGUAGCGACCGUCAAUCAGUUCAACGAGGUUUUAUAUCGUGUUAUUACAAGUAUUUUAAUUGAGCGACUUUUGGAACCACAGGAACGGGCUAUGUAUAUAGUUGUGUGGAUUGAUAUUGCACAGGAAUUGCGGUUACUGAAGAAUUUUUCAUCCUUGAAGGCAAUAAUAACGGGACUCAAUUCUUCGGCCAUUUAUAGAUUGCGAAAAAUAUGGUCUGUUUUGUCUAAAGAUAAGAUGGAAAUUUUUGAUGAACUAGCUCGUAUUUGUUCCGAAGAAAAUAACGCUUCAGUUCAAAGAGAAUUGUUGAUUAGAGAGGGCACCGCUAAGUUUGCCGAUACUGUCGGAGAAAAUGAUCGCCAUUUGCAGAAAAUUAUACAGAAACAAAGCACACAAACUUCUCAUGGCACUAUACCUUACCUAGGGACGUUCCUUACCGAUCUAACGAUGAUACAUCAAGCUAAUCCGGACACAGUUGGAGAGGAAAAUUUAAUCAAUUUUGAGAAAAAGCGUAAAGAAUUUGAAGUUUUGGCUCAAAUUAAACUGUUACAAGGCGCUGCAAAUACUUAUAAUUUGGAAGAGGAUCCUUUAUUUAAUCGUUGGUUUUAUUCGAUGCCUGUAUUAUCUGACGAGGAUGCUCACACGUUAUCCUAUCAGUUAGAGCCGCCCCAGCCCGCGGCGCCUCGAAAAUCAAAUACGUCUAUGAAUAUGUCUUCAGCUAAUUCUUCAGUGCUGGGUCAUCGUAAAACUGAUUCGAUAGCUUCUAAUUCGAGUAGCGGUGCUGGGUCCCAAUUUUACUGCGAGGUCAAUAAUAGUACUAGCUCUCGCUAUAGCUCACGGAACAAUUCUUUAGAUAGAGAGGCACAACUGACACAUAAUACUCAAAUGUCUGCUACAAGUAGUGUUUCUAAUCUCUCUUUGGACUCGAGUAAUUCAGGCGGAGCUGUUGUUAUAGGUAAUAAAUCAAAGAUAACUCAUUCACAAAGCUCUAACGGUCUGCUGAGAAGUACUGGUGGUUCAACAAGUGGAUCUCACACACCUAAUUUAUUGGGCUCCCCGCUAAUUAAUGCACAAGUUGUUAAUUCACCGGGAGCUAAUUCACCCUUCUAUAUAGUAAGAGUUACGUUGGAAACUGAAAAUGUGCCUCAGGAUGGCAUAGUUGUGUACAAGAGUAUGAUGGUCAAAAAUAAUGAACGUACCCCACAAGUAAUACGCAAUGCCUUAAUGAAACUCGGCAUAGAAGAUGAAGCCGAACACUAUACAUUGGCUCAGCGUCUACCCGAUAAAGAUGUAGAAUUGCCACGCAAUGCUAAUGUUUACUAUGCCGUAAAUACAAAUUUUGAAUUAAGAUUUAUAUUAAAACGUAAUAAAGACUUUAACGGUAUUGGCAGUCGUAGUAGUCGUGGCAGCACCAGCUAAUGGUUAAUUAAGACCCUAUAAGUAUGGGUCUCGAAAAGCUUUACUAAAUGUCGUACACACAUCUUAAGGGUGCUUUAACACACACACAUACACACUUACAACCAUCUACAGAACAUUUUAUAUCUAUGUAUUUUUUAUGCAUUAUUCAUUAAAAAAAAAAUAAAAAAAAAAAAUAA